CGGAGGUAAACAUUUCAUAUUAUCACGAUGUGGCGGCUGGAAGGUUUGCUGUCGCGGAUGGGCCGCCUGCCGCUCCUGUUGCUUGUGUACACCUAUCUGUGGUCUUUCGGAGAUUGCCUCUUCGUGACUGAUUAUUUCACCAGGACACCGCGCAAGCUGAACGCCUUCCGCUCCUUCGCCAGCGUGGAGCUGUUCCACUUCAACGUGCCUGAGGACACCGUGGUGGCCGUCUGGAACCUCAUUACCUUCAAGGAGCAAGGGGGCACGUUCGGAGACAGCUGUCCUGACCGCAAUGUGACUGUUUACUUCCGAUCCGGAGCGCCGCCGGUGAUCAACCCGCUGCAGACGCGGUACCCGCGCGACACCGUCGUGCCCAGCUCCUUCGCGGUCACCCUGACGUGGACGCUGCCCAACCGCACCACGGGGGUGUUCAACGUGACCAGCCCUCUGCCCGGCGACUGGUUCCUGGCGGCCCAUCUGCCAAAGGAUGAAGGGAAGAUCUCUGUCAAGGGUUUGCAUGAGGAAUGCCAGUACCUUUUCCAGCCGCAGCUCAUUGUCCAGAGGCUUAUCGGCAUCUCGGUGCUGUACCCCGGCUACUUCAUCGACCAGAUGAUCCCUGUUCACAACAGAUCGGUCCUCUACAAAGUCUUCAUACCGAACUACGUAUCCCGGGUGAAGGUGCAGCUACUGGACUGCAACACUCGCAACCGGAGUGCCGAGAGCUGCCCUGUGGUCCUGAAGAUCCGCUCGAGAGCCCCGCCGGUGCACAACUCCAGCGCCCUGGACUGCCGUGAGUGGAGCCCGUGCGAGCUGGAGACCACGGUGCCCUCCUGGGAACACUGGUACUACAUCCUGGUGGAGCGCUACCUGAGCACGGCAGACGUAUACUUCCGCAUCGGCGUUCAGGUGACAGACUGCUCCAAGCCCACUACUUCAAAGGGUCCAGGCUCGUCCGCCAUGAACAUGCCCCAGUCCUUCGGCAGCGCCACGGGCUUCUCCCUGUCCGAGACGCUGCCCGCCGCCGUGCUGCCCAGCCUCUCGCCCAACGCCUCGGACCGCCGGCCCGGCCCGGGCACGGGCUCCGCCUCUGUCGCCGGCGUGCUCGCCUCCGCCGAGGGCGUCGUCUACCUGGCGCCGACCGUCGACGCCAACAAGUGCUGGCCCGUGCGGCCCACGCUGCGCAACGAGCUGGACACCUUCUCCGUCCACUUCUACAUCUUCUUCGGGCCCAACAUCUCGGUGCCGCCCGACCGGCCGGCCGUCUUCGCCAUCAAUCUCAUGCCCGUGCUGGACAGUGGCGGAGUCCUGAACUUGGAGCUCAAACUGAACGUGUCCUCGGCGAAGGGGGAGAACCUGACGGUGUUCGGAUGCCUCAACCACGGGAUGCCGCUCUCGCUGCCCGACAACUCCUCCGCCAAGUGCGAAGCGGAGUCGGUGACUGGGUUUCUUCUGACGGUGAACACCACCUCCAACGUCACCAAGCUGAGGAUCCCGUACCCGCAGACGGGCACCUGGUAUCUGAGCCUGCGCUCGCUCUGUGCCACCGAGCAGGGGUUUGAGGCGUGCAGCAAUGUGACGGCCGAAGUCUACCUGCGCUCCUACCUGACGCCUUGCAUCAACGACUGCGGAACGUACGGCCAGUGCAAGCUGCUUCGCACCAACAACUACCUGUACGCAGCAUGCGAGUGCAAAGCAGGCUGGGAUGGCUGGGGCUGCACGGACAACACGGAGGCGUACUCGUACGGCUUCCAGCUCCUCUCCACGCUGCUGCUGUGCCUGAGCAACCUGAUGUUCGUGCCCCCGGUGGCCAUCGCCAUCCGCAGCCACUACCUCCUGGAGGCCUCCGUCUACAUCUUCACCAUGUUCUUCUCCACGUUUUAUCAUGCCUGUGACCAGCCAGGUAUUGUUGUGUUCUGCAUCAUGGAGUAUGACGUGCUCCAGUUCUGCGACUUCCUGGGCUCGCUCAUGUCGGUGUGGGUCACGGUCAUCGCCAUGGCGCGCCUCAAGUCCAUUAUCAAGCAGGUGCUGUACUUGCUGGGGGCCAUGUCUCUCUCCAUGGCGCUGCAGUUGGACCGCCACGGCCUGUGGAAUCUGCUGGGGCCCAGUCUGUUUGCCCUGGGGAUCAUGGCCGUCGCCUGGACGGUCCGCACCAUCCGCCGCCGCCGCUGCUACCCGCCCACCUGGAAGCGCUGGGUGUUCUUCCUGUUCCCGGGCACCAUGAUCGCCACGUCGGCGGUGGCGCUCUACGCCUUCGUGGAGACCGAGGAGAACUACUUCUACAUCCACAGCAUCUGGCACAUGCUCAUCGCCGGCAGCGUCGGCUUCCUGCUGCCGCCGCGCGCCAAGCCCGACGCCAAGGUGACGCCCAUGAAGCGCCGCCGGGGCUGCGGCUACCAGCUGUGCGUCAACGAGCACGAGGAGAUGGGCCUGGUGGACCCCGCCAUCAUCUCCAUCAACAGCAUAUGCACGAGCUGAUAGGUCAGCUCACUAGCCCCGCCUCAUUUGCCAUAGCCACAGGACCAUUUGCCUUCAGUUUCAUUUGGACCAGAAAUGUAAAACAAUGACAACACCAACAACAGGGACAACAACAACAACAAUAACAACAGCAACAGCAGCAGCAACAACUACAACAAACAAACAACAGCAACACCUUAUUGGAAACAAGCCAGAGAACUUGAAAUACGUUGUAAAUAUAUACGGGCAAAAAAAAAAAAGUGAAACAAAGACACAAAAUCAUCCCACGCAUAUAACACUUUCACUUUGAGUUUUGGUUCUCUUCACUUGAUGAGUUAUCGGUACCGUUCGACUUGCGCUCAUUAUUGUUGGUCUUGCUCUGAGUUUGUGGCUGUGCGGUGAGACGCUGUACUGUCGUUUGUGGACACUGUACUUUCUAAGUCAAACAAGCCUGAUUCACUGCUGCUACUGGAUGGUGACUGUAAAGUGUGUCAUGUAAUUUAUUUAUUGAUCCAUUGGAUUUACAGACCAAAUGUUUUGCUUUGUUUCUUUGUUUGUUUUUGUUCAGGUAAGGAUGACAGAAGGACUCACUUUAAAAUGUAGGAGCACGGCUUCUUUUUAAUAUAGAUUUCUCUUUUUGUUUUCAUUUUUAAAAUUCAUCUUUUGCACUGAGACACAACUAUGUGAUAUUGUAAAUUUUUAUAAAUACAAGUAUAGAUAUGAAUAAGCGUUACUCAUGUGUAAAUGUAUAGUUGUUUUUUCUGUGGAAUGUCCGACUGUACUUUGGAUUGCAUUGUAUUGCCUUUUGAAGAAUUGUUGAUCGUUCAUAGGCCAAGUGGAGGGGGAAGUAGAGGGAAGUAGUUGCCAAUCGUUGGAGUCAUGGAAGCCUCAGAUAAUGACCUUGUACUUCAAGAUGGAUUUGCCAAUAGUCAUAUCAGAAGAGGAGUUUUAAGUAAAAGCAACCAGUAA